AUUUUUCGCUUCAUAUAAUAUCAAUGUCAUGAGAUAUUGGUGAAGUCGAUUCACUAUUUAUUUAACACGAGCGAACAGGUUGUUAGCCGCCUAUCGCGCGUCUUCCUUUGGUAUAAACUAAUGGGGGCGAUGACAAUGCAUCCUGCACCUCUAUAGGACUUGGUUCCUUGGAGAUUCACUAAUCAAAAUUAGUCAAAGCUGUUCUUCUUACAUGGCUUCCCUUCAGUGUCUCAUGUGUCUUAAUCUUUGUCCUCAUCAACCAGCUGCCAGGUUGCAUGGAUUCCGACAAAGACGAUCCACUACUACGAGAUUGAUCUUCCGAGUUAAAUGUGAAAGUAGGGGUAGUUCGUAUGUAGAUGAAGCCGCCACGGGUAAUGAAAAGAAGCUCAAAAUCCUUGUUGCUGGUGGAGGAAUUGCUGGCCUGGUUUUUGGCCUGGCUGCUAAGCGAAGCGGAUUUGACGUUAAAGUGUUCGAGAAAGACUUGACUGCUGUAAAAGGGGAGGGCAUGGAGCGCGGUCCGAUUCAGCUUUUGAGCAGUGCGUUAGGACUGCUGGAAGCUAUCGACAAAGACGUUGCAAGGGAAAUUAUGGGAGCCGGUCACGUCACUGGCGACAGGAAUUGUGGCCUGGCCGAUGGCAGGAGCGGUGAAUGGUUUGUGAAGUUUGAUUUUCUAACACCAGCGAUUGUAAAGGGAAUUCCAAUUACUCAAAUGAUAUGUAGAAUGGAACUGCAAAGGCUUCUGUUGAACGCAGUUGGUGAGGAUGUAGUAAUCAACAACUCAAAGGUUGUUGACUUUGUCGAUGAUGCCGACAAGGUAACGGUGUUUCUUGAUAACGGUCAGCAAUACGAGGGGGAUUUAUUGAUUGGGGCAGAUGGGUUGCGGUCCACGGUGCGGUCAAAACUAUUUGGUGCACAUGAGCCAAACUACUCAAAUUUUAUAUGCUACACUGGGGUUGCAGAAUUUGAUCCCCAGCACUUACCUCACUUCGGAUAUAAAGUAUUCUUAGGAAGGAACCAGUUCUUCGUUGCCGCCGAUAUUGGGAAGGGGAGGCUGCAAUGGUACGCCUUCGUCAAGGAGGCUCGUCAAAGUCCCGUUUCCUCCGCAGGAAAUAAAAACAUGCUCGUGGAACGUUAUGGAGAUUGGUGCAACGAGGUCGUUAAUAUUAUCCGCAGAACACAAGAGAACAUGAUAAUACGUAGGCCUAUAUACGACACAGACAUGAUGGACACGUGGGGGAGGGGUCGUGUGAUUUUGUUAGGCGAUGCUGCUCACGCAAUGCUACCGAAUCUAGGCCAAGGCGGCAGCAUAGCUAUUGAGGACUGUUACUGGCUUAUGGUUGAGCUGCAGAAUCUUGCACAAACUCGUCCUAUGUCCGAUAUUACGUCAGAUGAUUUAGCAUCGGCCUUCAGAAGAUUUGAAAAGAAGAGAAUGUUUAGAGUAAGAACAGUGCACACCAUUUGCAGAAUGGCUUCAGUUAUGACAUCUGUUUAUCAGAGUUACUUAGACAUUGGUCCUCUUCCACUAUUUAAAGAGUGGAGUAUGAGGGUUAAACAUCCUGGACUUCUUAUUACGAACCAACUACUGCAGAUUGCUUUGCCAAAAUUCAUGGACUGGGUUAUAGCAGGCCAAGAAUGACCUCAAAUUCCAAUGUAUCCAUGUCUAAUGUUGUUCCCAUUGCAAUUUCAAUAAGGGAAAUAUAGGAUUUUUCUUAUAGGACUCAGGUUUUGAUUCGUCACAUCGGUACUAUAUAGCUCCGUAGCCAACCCAGAAGUUAAUUAUGAUAUAUAUGUCUAUCCGUGUGACGAUCUAUCUUUCUAAUGUCGUGGGGAUUAUAUUUUUCAAAUAGUUGUACAAGGGUAA